AUGGUCAUCCUCACCCCUCGGUUCACCAUCUUGGCUGCCAUCUCGUCCAUUGCAGUGGUGUCAGCCCUCCCUACUCCGGAAGGUAGCAUAGUGCAAGUUCGCUACAGGGACUUGGAGGCAGAUACUUCCACCACUGUUCAUCACCCCACUUUGGCUCAUUCCCCCUCCGCUGCUGACCCUGACGCAUCCAAUACAUCAGGCGACGCAUCUGAUGGUCACUCCCGACUGUUGCUUUCUCUGCGUUCGCAUAAAGGGAACAGUGGGUCUGCUGCUUCCGAUUAUCAUGUCCAGGUGGAAGCCGCUAUCAAAUCGAGUGAGAAGCAUGGCAAGGACAAGCGUUCGAUGUGGGAUCAACCUGACCCAGUCGAACGGGCGCGCGAAACUGGAAUGGAACGUUUGCGCCGCACGGACAUUCUCGCUGGUAAGCGCCACGACCACGACGAGGAUCACGAGGAUCACGAGGACCACGAGGACCAUAAAGUCAUCGUUGAGGGUAGUCACGACCACGUCAAUGUUCAUCGCUCGGAUGUCUUCCCUACGUUGGUCGGCCGGUCCCCUGAGGAGCUUCUCCAACGUAAAGGCAAUGUCUUCCCUCAAAAUUCUCAUGGCAAUGUCGUCGUGUCCGGGAAGGACAAUCAUGUCCAAGAACGUAGCGGCGGCCGAGAUAAGCUGAUUGUGAAGGGUAUUGAUAAUCGCGUCCAUGCGCAUCGCUCCCUUCAUCGAAGCCACCAUCAAGUCGUUACCAAGGGUGAUGGCGACCGCGUUCGUGUCCGUCGGUCCCCUGGCCCUAACAGGCAACACGACCAUGGUAAAGCUGUGGGAAGCGGCGAUCGCCAACAUGUUGAUAUUCCUCGCUCUCCGGAAUCCCAUCAUCAUCAUGACCUCGACCGUGAUCGUGAUCCAAACAAGGUCGUCGUGAAAGGCAGCCAUGACACUGCGAAUGUCCGCUGGCCGCGAUCUCCUGUUCCGCAUCGCCAUGAUGACCACAAUCACGUCAAGGUCCGCAGAGCUCCCGCCCCGGCGCCUCAUAGCCAUGAUCACGACCACGACCACGACCAUCAUGACCGCGAUAAAGUCGUCGUAAAAGGCAGUAACGACCAUGUGAAUAUCCACCGAUCGCAGCCGGACGAUCGCUAUGGCCGAGAGGGCCAUGAACAUACUGGCGCCCAGAAGAGGAGUGGGGAGCAGGGGUCUACUUAUGUGUCCGGGGAACAUGGAAGUUCGUACUUCAUCGCGCAUACGAAACGGGGCGAAUUACAAACUUCAGGCGUUCCCGGUUCCAUCAACAUUAUGAGUCCAAUGGCAAACUCGACAGCAGGGCAGAAGAUUGCCUCAUUGGUCCUUGCGACACCAAAUAACAACUCUACGUCUUCUGACAAUUCGACUGUGGCGGCAUUCGUGUUGAAUGCCUCCGGAACGGAACAAACACAGAUGUAUCUUGUGGCAGAACCACCGGAGCUUUCUAAUUCGACUAGCAAUUCAAGUAGCUCGGGAUCAGUACCCCCGUUCCUGAGGGCGGCUCUACAAAUCCUAGUGUUCGAGCCCGAAAACGCCGUCAUGAAGCCUUACUGUGCGACUUUUGAUCCUAAUCCUCCUGCGCCGUCUCCCUUGACGGUAGAGGAAUGCAUGAACAGCACAUCUGGAGGUGAGCACAAGAGCCAAGUGUUCGCGUAUGAGCCUGAAACCGGCGUCAUUCGCCCCAUGUGGUUCGAUGGUGAGGACGAUGGAACGGACGAUCCGGGCUCUCGUAAUUCUUCAACCUCGAGCUCAGCGUCUUCGAACUCUACGUCCGCGGCGCCUCAGGUUCCGACGACUCCGGCGAGCAGCAAAGUGGCUAGUAUAGCCAGUCUGGACGAGGAUUUUGGAGAAAACACACGACCAGGUUUCCGUGCCGUCACCUCGAAGGCAUAUGAUGCGUCCUCCUUAUUUGCGCAAGCUCGGAACGUGACACUCGUUUUCGCGCCUGCCGCGCCGGAGGUUAUGCCUACGAAGAGUGUGAACAGCCCUGUGUCUAAUUCUACUUCGAGCUCGACUGCCUUGAGCUCUGCGAGUGCUUCUGUCUCUGCCACCAGUUCGUCUGCGUCCGUGACAGGUAUGGCUUCGUCAACAUCUGCUAACGUUAGCUCUUCUGCCGCUGCUUUGCCUUCUGCAGGAAAGUUUGUCUCACUCUCUAGCGAUAUGUCAACGACGACUUCUUCUAUUCUGAGCUCGGCUACAUCUUCUGUGGCGACGACCUCGACCAUCGCAACACCUACCUCUCUUGCUGUGGAAAUCUACGAUCCAGCUGCGACGAGUUCUUCCUCCUCUUCUGGCUCGGGUACUACUGGGGCUGCCAUGUCGACAAUCUCUGUUUCUGCUUCAUCCACGCCAACUGCAAUGCUCGCUGCAGAAAACUUCGUCGCUAAUAGUACCUCUACGGCGACGACCUCUUCCAAUGGGACUUUGACCGGAAGCAGCGCACCAACUUCGUCAAUGACUGCGGUGAGCACGUCGCCGUACGAAUGGAUGUUUCGGGAGGGAGUUGUGCAACCGGAUGAACGCCUUUGA